AUGUCGGGGCGGCUGGAGGUCAAUUUGCUGCAGGCGACUGGUUUGAGGGAUACGAAGACCUUCGGCAAGCAGGACUGCUAUGCCGUGUGCCAGGUGGGCACGGUGCGGCAGCGCAGCAAGACGAAGAAGGACGGCGGGACCAAACCGGCCUGGAACGAGCGCAUUGUUCUUGGCACCUUCCACGCCUCUGCCGCGCCGCAGAUGCUGGUGGAGGUCUUUGCUGCCACACUCAUCGGCCAGGACGACCUGCUGGGCGGCGUCAUCGUCAACCUGUCUCGGGUGCAGCGGGCGGGGCUGGACGACGUCAAGGCGCCGCUGCGCACGCGGGACGGCAAGGCGGCGGGCGAGGUGCAGCUGAUCCUCAAGUGGGAGACGAUAGAUGGCGGGCCGCCGCCUGCGCAGCAGCAGCAGCACCAGCAGCACCAGCCCCAGCAGCAGCAGCAGCAGCAGCAGGCGGAAGUCCCGUGGUCCUUUGGGGCAGCAGGCGCUGCAGCGGGCGGCGCCGCGGGGGCGGCCGCGGCAGCAGCAGCCUACCCGCCGCCUGCUGUGGGCGCUGGGUCGUGCCCCGCCGCCUAUCCCGACCCGUUUGCCGCCUCGGCAGCCCCGCCGCCGCCUGCAGCGGCCUCUGCCUACCCGCCGCCCGCGAUGGCAGCAGCCCCCAGCGCGCCGCCGGCGCCCGCCUAUCCCGAACCUGCGGCGGCGGCCGCACCCGCCUACCCCGCACCCGUCCCUGCUCCCGCGCCGUCGGCGGCGCCGGGCUACCCACCGCCCGCAGCGCACCCCUCCGCAGCGCCUGUAGCAGCGGCAGCAGCCGCCGGGGCCGCAGUGGGUGCCGCGGCAAGCGCCGCAGCGGGCGCACCGGCCGGCUAUCCGCCUGCGGUGCCGGCGGGGCACGUGGCGCCGCCCUCGCAGCCCCCGGGGUACCCGCCGGCAGGCCAGCAGCCGUACGGCGCACCGCCGCCUUACGGCGCGCCGCCGCCGCCUUACGGCGCGCCCCCGCCCUAUGGAGCGCCUCCCCCUGGCUACGCAGCGCCACCCCCCUACGGGGCCCCCUACCCGCCCGCGCCUGGCUAUGCCCCAUACCCAACCUACUACCCCCCUCCAUCCCACCACGGCGGCUCGACUGCGGCGAUGGCGGCCAUGGGAGGCGCGAUGGUGGGAGGCGCGGCAGGCAUGGCAGCCCACCCGUAUCCGCACUACUCCCACCAUGGCAGCCACUAUGGGUAUAAUGGGAAGAAGAUGAAGUACAAGCGCCCCAAGUACGGGCGGUACAAGCGGCACAAGUGGAAGUAG